GAAGGGGCGGGGCCUGCCGAGCCCGGGGGCCGGGAGCGGCGCGGGCGGGGGUGCCGCUGUGCCGCUGUCCCGGCGCUCUGCACGGCCCCGCUGACCCGCCCGGCCCCGGUCCCUCAUGCCGCCGACCGUGGCCGUCGUGGGGGGCGGCAUCAGCGGCCUGGCCGCCUGCUACCACCUGGCCCGCGGCCCCCGCCCGCCCAAGGUGCUGCUGCUGGAGGCCAGCGCCCGCCUGGGGGGGUGGCUGCAGAGCACCCGCACCGCCGACGGGGCCGUGUUCGAGCACGGGCCCAGGGGCAUCCGCCCCGGCGGGGUGGUGGGCACCGACACCCUGCACAUGGUCUCCGAGCUCGGCCUGGAGGGUGACGUCCUGCCCGUCCCCGGGGACCACCCGGCCUCCAGGAACCGCUUCCUCUAUGUCGGCGGGGCCCUGCACAAGCUGCCCUCGGGCCUGGGGGCCCUGCUGCGGCCAGUGCCCCCCUUCUCGCGGGCACUGCUCUGGAGCGGGGUGCGGGACUUGCUGGCGCCAGCCGGGACAGAGCCCGACGAGAGUGUGCACGCCUUUGUUCAUCGCCGCUUCGGCCGGGAGGUGGCCGACAUUGCCGUGGACAGCCUGUGCCGGGGGGUGUUCGCCGGGGACUGCCGGGCACUGAGUGUCCGCUCCUGCUUCCCUGCGCUCUUCGAGGCCGAGCGGCGCCGACGAUCCGUCCUGCUGGGGCUGGCGCUGGGCUCCGGGAAGGAGCGUGGAGCUGAGUCGGCGCUGAGCCAGCGAGCGCGGGCAGAACGCUGGAGCCAGUGGUCGCUGCGGGGCGGCAUGGAGAGCCUGGCUGAGGCGCUGGCGGCCUUCCUGCGCCUGCAUGGCGUCGAGCUGCGCUGCCACGCACCCCUGCGCCGCCUGCACCGUCACCCUGAUGGCCGAUGGCAGCUCACCCUGGCAGACGGCACCGUGAUGGCUGACCACCUGGUCAGUGCCCUCCCAGCCGCAGCCCUGGCUGAGGUGCUGCCGGCUGAGGCGGAGCCGCUGGCACAGGAGCUGCGGCGCAUCCCUGCCGUGUCUGUGGCUGUGGUGAACCUGCAGUACGAGGGCGUCACAUUACCCGUCACGGGCUUUGGGCACUUGGUGCCCUCCUCUGAGGAUGCGUCCCUCCUGGGCAUCGUCUACGACUCGGUGGCCUUCCCCCAGCACGACGGCACGGGGGCCGCCUCAGUGCGGCUGACGGUGAUGCUGGGAGGCGCCUGGUUCGGGCAGAGCUUCGGGGACCCGGCAGCAGCAUCACCAUCGCUGCUGCUACAGCGGGCGCAGGCGGCCGUGCGGGAGCAGCUGGGCCUGGAGCCAGCCCCAACGCGCUCCAUCGUCAGGGUGCACCAGGCCUGCAUCCCCCAGUACACGUUGGGCCACUGGCAGCGCACAGAGCGCAUCGGCCGCUUCCUGGCAGAGCAGCAGCUGCCCCUCAGCCUCAUCGGGGCCUCCUACGCCGGCGUCUCCGUCAAUGACUGCAUUGCUAGCGCCAAAGCGGCCGUUGGGCGGCUGGUGGGGCAGCCGCGCUGAGCCCCGGUGUCUCCGUGUCCCUUCCCGGCACCAGGCAGCCCCGCGGCAGUAGGACAAAAUUUUUUUUUUAUUGAAAAACCCUUAUAAAGGUCCAGGGAGCAGCUCAUAAAUAGAAUAAAUAACCGUGCGCCAGCA